AUGGCAAUACAGAUUAAUAGUAGUGGUUUGGAAAGUCACGGGGAAGCAACAGCAGUAGUUGGUGAAAGAGGUGGAGGAUUAGGUGGUGGUGGUGUAGGAGGUGGAGGUUGUGCACCUUCUCAGCUGUUUAACGAACUGCCACAUGCAGAAAAAUCAUUUAAAUCGGUUUCGCACGAUUUGCGAGGGAAUGCAAAAACUAUUAGGGCGCCAGGAUCGAGGGCGGAGAGAGUAGCUCAAGCUUGUGACCGAUGUCGAGCAAAGAAGACCAAGUGCAAUGGUGGGAAUCCCUGCUCGACGUGCUCUGCAGUUGGAUUAAAGUGUAUUGUGUCUGAUAAACUAAGUCGCAAAGCUUUUCCCAAAGGUUAUACAGAAACUUUGGAAGAAAGAGUGCGACAUCUUGAAGCGGAAAACAAGAAACUAAUGGGACUUUUGGAUAUGAGGGGAGAACGGUUGGAAAUGUUGAAUGCAAAAUCUCGCGACCCUCCUCAUUUGAAUGAAGAAAAACUUUUACCUUUGGAAACUGGUGGUGAUCGUCUGAGGAUAACAGCCUCAAAUCUCCACUUGUUAGAACAGGAAAACUCCAUGCAUCUACAUAUGCACAACCACGAAAAUGGGUGCUCUUGUGGUUGUGCACAUCCAAAUGCCGUUCAUGAUAAACCCGUAUCCGUGGCGGGAUCGCUUUAUGAAACAGGAAGAGUUUCAAUUGCAAGCUCAAUACGGUUGAGCGACGACGAAAAUGAUGAUAAUGAUAGCUUGAUAAGCUUAGACGAUGCGCGCCAUGUUUCUUCAUUUGCAAGGGGCCGGCAUUUCGCGUUAAACUCAACUAAUAGAGACUCAAGUCCCGCUCCUGGUGCUUUUGCAGCUGCUACAGCUAUUGCGCAAAUGCAAAAAAACAAAUCGUUUCAGCAGCAUCAUCAACAACAACAACAACAACAACAACAACAAAAGCUUGAAAAAGAAACCGAUAAGCAGAGAAUGUUGACCUCAUUGGUAGCAACAUCGAUACCACGAAGUACAGAAGAAACUCUUUGUAUUCCAACACUUUUGGCACGCAUUUGUCAGGCAUAUGGGUAUGAUUCAAGACCUUCAGUCUUGGCAGCAAAUACAUUAGCUUCAUUGAAGGAACAACCGAUACUGCGAGGGUCCUCGUCCUUGCAGUGUCAAGCUGUGCGGGAUAGAUUAUCCACAACGAUUAUGAAUAGGGAUGACAUUCAUGCCUUGUCCGAUGCAGAAGCGAUUACAUUUCUACGUGAGCUUGUCAAAUUUCCGGUGUCCAGGCUUGAUUUGGACCAGCUUUUGACUUUGUAUUUUCAAACUUGGGGCAACACUUUGCCACUUUUGGACAAGUCUUCAUUUUUAAAAUGUUAUAUGAAAGUAAUUGAUGUUUUGGAGUUUGGUACAAUUCCGGUUGAAAAUAAGUGCUUAUUUGAGCUGAUUGAAAAAGUUGGAGCACUAUUAGUGCUAUCAUUGAGCUUGGGGUUCCUUGCUAGCAAGAACGUGUAUCUUAAUCUGGACAAUGCUCAGUUUUAUGUUUCUUUGAUGAAACAUUAUGACUUUUUAAUCCACGAGUUUGUUAAACCCAACUGCUUGUUAACAAAAGUGUGCUCAAUUCAAUCUUUGCAGAUACUAUCUUUGGCACUUCAGUAUUGUUUAGCCACUGGAGACUUGUCGACUUGUUACGAAUUAAGAGGCAGAGUUAUUAGCAUGGCACAGCAAUUACGUUUACAUAGAUGUCCAGCUGCUGUGUUGGGUAUGACUACUAAUACCGAGGGAAAUUUCAACUUGCAAAACUUUAUGCAAGCUGAAAGGCGUAUAUUGUUCUGGUGUAUUUACUGUCUAGAUGUUUAUUCCUCAUUGAACUUGGGAGUUCCUAGACUCAUGAAAGAUUACGAAAUCGAAUGUGCCAUGCCAUUCGCUGGGAAAGGCGGCAGUGGUAGUGGCAGUGGUAGUGGUAAUAGUGGUGACAACAACAGCAGCAACAACAACCAAGACGGAGAGGAGGAAGACGAUAACGUUAAUAUAUUAGUUGUCAAUAAUACUCAGUUGUCCAUUGUUGGAAAAGUCUCACGAAUGGCGCUUAGUGUAAUGUUCUUUUGUAAAGUGUUGGCCAGCAUUUUGGACUCCAUAUAUUCCAGAUUCAAUGAUAGCAAUACCCUCUACAAGGAUAAAAUGUUAGAUACUUGGAGGAGAGAACUUCCACCGGAUUUAAGAUUUGAGUUGGAUACCAAUGGACUAAGUUUAAAGACAUCGGAAGUCAAUUAUUUCAAAGGUGAUGUUUGGGAAACUCUUAAUAGCCAACAGUUGACAUUGAUUUACUUGUAUUAUCAUGCAAAAAUUCUUAUUCACUUGCCAAUAAUUUCCAAGCAUGGACACCAUCAUAAUGUCGGUUUAUCUCAAAAGGAGCAGUUAUCCAAGGGGGAAAGUGAUACGGCUACUAUUGUUGCUACAAUGAGUGUUAUACAGCAGUCAUCCAGCCAAAUCUUAGAAGUGAUAAAAAGCUAUGCUAAAAAAUCCUCAUCUCCUGUUUUGCCUUUACCAAUAAACGUUUCACGAGAGCAGGCUCUACUAGCUUUAUUGGUUUCAAAGGGAACAUUGGACUACAUUAAAGGUGGCCAUCUAUUCAAUAGCCUGAAGCAGCUAGUCUUGGAUUCCGUUGCUGCUCUAUUGAGUGAAACCAAAUUCGAAGUUCCUGGUUGUCUUACAAGAAAUUCAAGCAAGCUUUUAGAACUAACCGUACUCAGUAUACUAGGUAUCAAUUUGAACAGGUUUUCGAAUUUCGCAAAGAAGAGCCCAAAUCCUUUUGCGGUGAGUCCAAUUCUCAAAUCCGCUGUAGAAAGAGAACCAAAAGGUCCAAAAGUCGUCACACACAUGAAUGGAUCAGUGUAUUCUUUUUCCUCAUCACCAUCUUCUGGUAAUCCAAAGAUAAUAAACAAUCCGGGAUUUGUCAAAGAUGAGGAUCACAAGGAGAAAGAGGCGGCUGCUGCCACUGCUGCCACUGCUGCCACUACUGCUGCUGCCGGUGCAAUUAACCAACCUGGACCAAAGGUAAACGUUUUAGAUGAAAUUCAAUCAAAUAGUCAAGUUGAUUCAGAUCAAGUAUUGAGUUCAGAUGAUAUGGAGAGUCUUGAGAAUUUGUUAAAGUUUGACCCAUUCAGUAUUACUCUGAACAACCAGUUGUACUUGAACGAGUAUGUUACCGAUGGAUCUUUAGGUUUAGCACCAUUUUUGGAUAUCUCUAGUCAAGAUGCAGCAUUCAGUUUGGGUCAAAACAAUUAUUUUGAAAAUACAUAG